AUGUCCGGCAAAAGGAGGCGGAGUUUUAAAUGUGCCAUUCAUCACAGGGACAAAGAAGUUAACAGCGAAAACGAUUUUCAUAUAAUAUUCCAARAACCAACAUUACACCAAAAAAUGGUUCGUCUUGUGGCAGAGGAGUUCUUGACGGACGAAAGAGAUCGGAAAUAUUAUGCAGACAAUUAUCGUUGUUGCCCACCGCCACUCUUUAUACUUCUCAUCACAAUUUUUGAGAAUUACAAUAACAUGGAAUUUGGUGUGUUUCGGUUGCUUGGCAUACUGUUUAUCGCCAGCGUGGACGUCGGCUUCGCCGUGUACUGCCGUUACGCCUUCGAACCAUCGUCGAACGCUCCGCCUGUCAGCUACGUUGCUCACAUAGCCGGCGCGCUGGCUGGUCUCACCAUUGGUCUGCUAGUGUUGAAAAACUUCGAGCAAAAGCUCCACGAGCAGUUGAUAUGGUGGUUCGCGCUCGGCGUGUACGCCAUUUGUACGCUGUUUGCGGUCAUGUACAACUUGAGCCAUCCCUGUUGAGCAAACCGAUCUACACACUCCGUCUUCCUAUAUAUAUAUAUAUGUUAUAUAUGUAUGUGUGUGUGUGUAUGUGGUGCGACGGAUACGAUGUGCGAGUAAGUCCGAAGUUGUGGCCGAGGAACACGUCAUGGUAUUAUUAUUAAACUGGUAGUGUGGGCGCCGUCAUCCCGUUGCUGAUCUAUACCUACAUAUUUUUAUUCUUCCACAUGUAAAAAUCUAUUCGUACUGUCCAAUUUUGUUCGUUUUUUUCAUAUUCAUUAUUAUUAUUAUUAUUUUUUGUUUCCCUCACCUCGUUUGUAUUUAAUUAUUUAUACGAUGAUAUAUUAUUAUUAUAUAAUAUAUGUACAUACAUUUAUUGUGUCUGUGAUUUUUUUGACCGAGUUUGCAAUCAUCAUUAUUGGCAAAUAUUAUAAUUAUUAUUAUAAUAUUGUGUCAAGACGUUUGCGCAAUACGUACGAUUCUGUUUUCAGUUUAUCCGAAAGAAUAAAGUACGAAAUAGUUGGUUGGAGAGGAGGUGGACACUGAUACAAUAAAUUAUUGUUAUAAUAAAUUUAGUUUUUUCAAUGUAAUAAAAAAUUUAUUUUAUUUUUUACAUAAUU